GUUUAUGUCGCUGGCCGAUAGGUGGCGCUAUGCGCUGUUUUUGUGCCCGGCGGCGUGACGUCACUGGACUCGUGGAGGUUCCGGCUGGCUGCUGCUGUGGGCUGUGAUUAUGCCUUCACAUAAGAAAAUCCCGGACAGAUGGACUGAAUACAGUGCAGUGGGAAAGAGGAUUCCUGGAACUCGCUUCAUCGCCUUUAAAGUCCCUUUAAAACAGUCUUUAAGAAACUGUCUGCAUCAGUCUGAGGCCUUCGGGCCAUUCGAACUUCUGCACAUGUUGGAGAAGCAGGGUCAGGAACUCGGACUCCUCAUCGACCUUACCUUCACCACCCGCUACUACAAACCACAGGACUUGCCAGACUCGUGGCACUAUCUGAAGAUUUUCACUGCAGGGCAGGAAGUGCCGAGUGAUGCCACUAUUCUGAGCUUUAAGAAGGCUGUGAGAAGGUUUCUGUGUGACAAUGAAAAUAAUGAUAAACUGAUUGGGGUUCAUUGCACCCAUGGUUUGAACCGGACAGGCUACCUUGUGUGCAGGUAUCUGAUUGAUGUGGAUGGUGUUGAUCCCCAUGAGGCCAUCGACUUGUUUAACAGAUCACGGGGUCACACUAUAGAGAGACAAAAUUACCUGGAUGAUCUCAGAUCCGGCCCAAAGCGCAGUAAUGAGGGGAUGGAGGAACCUGACAAGGAGCCGGUUCAGGGUGGGGCGAUACAGGGGUCUUCAUCCAGACCAGAGACAACAAACCCCCCCUACUUCAGCAGCAGUGGACCACCCCAACACAAUCACAUAAUGCCAUUUCAACCGAGAGAAGCAAACCACCAUCUGAGGUUCAGACCAGGCAGAGAGCCAAUGUUGCUGCCACCCCCUCCUGCCCCAUGGCCCCACAGGCCAGUCAAUCAGAGUUUCCGUCAGGGCCAUUACUGCAACCCCACGCCAUAUCCCACCUUCCUUCCCCGGUACAGGUUUGAGGAGCCUUGGGGGGGUGGAGCCCCGGCUUUCACCCCAGGGGGUCAGGAAGUGCUUCGGGAGCCCCGCAGGAAGUCACGACACAGAUACGGAAAGUCGCGGAACGGACGGACAAAAUGAGAUAACCUUCAGCAGCAGCAACUCUGUCACCUCUGUUCUCAGCUGAUGUGGUCAUUUUAACCCAACAUUCACUAUUUUACACUAAAAAAUAGUGACUCUGUCAAGAGGAAAAUGCUGGUACAGUUCAUCACUCUGUUCUUUACUCGGCCUGUUUACUCUUGGCCCGUUAGAGCUGCAUCGAAUCGCUGCUGAAUAUUUAUCUUCCGAAAGUCAGGUGUUCCAUGGAUGGAUUUUACUACUUAACUGAAUGUUAAACUGAUGUGAUGCUUUUUUCCCCCUGUGUUGCUGUUAAAGCCUACUUGGGGAGCAGCUCUCCUUGCCUUUUCUUUCUGAAAUGAUCUUUCAGCUUUUUUUGGGAAAUGGAGAUCCUGCUACUUGGUGUAUGUUCAGAGUGUGCAAAUAAAGGACAUUCUGGUUGGUCAGGUUA